CAUAUAGAAUGCCAGUCAGUUAAAAACAUAGCCGACGGUAACAGCGAGUCCGUUCCGCGAGACUCGGCAACCUCUAGGGGGCGCGUUCAAAUCGACAAAUGCACAACAUGUUCAAACACACACAAAUACACAACGAAACCGUCUUACAUUAACCGACCACCCCCAGUGCGUUUCAUUUUUCAUGUUCAAAGUGGAGCGAAACAUGAACAGGUGAAAAACAAACGCGUGUGUUGAGACUGAUGACUGAUCGUUUAGGUUAUCUUCUGUUAAUUUAAUCUUUAUUCAUCCCUCUGUGAUAUUUAUCGAGUCUUUUUCAUUCGGAUAUUUAUUCAACAAUGCAGAACACAAUGAGAGCGAACCGCCCGAUACGUGUUGCCCUGACAUCGCUCCACCUUUUGUUUAUCUUCGUCCUUCUGAUCUGCUCACAUUUCACUGUCAAGGCUGCCAACAUACCUGCACCAACAAGCGCACCGGAAGUAGCGUCGGAUGUACGUGUUGAGUGCAACAGCGACGACAUCGUUGUUAGAAUCAAUACAAGAUCAGGACGAUUCAAUGGAAUGGUUUAUCCUAGAGGUUUAUCGAAGAACAGUUCUUGCAUGGGAGAGUGGGUCCAGAGACCGGCACCCAUCAAGUACAACCUACCUUUGAGAGGAUGCAACACGAUGAGUACGGAAUUGGAUGAUGGCGGCAUUGAAUACUUUAAUACCAUCGUCGUCCAACCCCAUCUCAAACUCGUCACCAAUCAAGGGAGAGGCUUCCACAUUAGGUGCCGUUACAAUACCAGGAAUAACACCAUCACGAACGAUUCUCUGAAGGUCGAUUUAAUGGCCGCCGAUCCCAUAACGGCAUUGGCACCCAUGCCCGGCUGCAGCAUGAAGAUAUUUUCGGGAGACCCAACCGAAAAGGAAGUGGCCGAAAAUGUUAAAAUUGGCGACCCUCUAACACUCGUCAUCACUCUGGACGAGCAAGACACGUUCGGCAUUCGCGUUACCGACUGUUUGGUCAGGGACGGACUGGGUUGGGGCGAACAGAAACUGAUCAACGACGAAGGCUGCCCUUUGGAUGCGGAGAUUAUGGGCAGAUUUCAAUAUUCCGACGAUAAAACGAAAGCCUCUGUGCACUUCCAGGCGCACAAGUUCCCGUACACUGCCUCUGUGUACUACCAAUGUAAUGUGAAGCUGUGCGUGAAGGCCGAUGGCGGAUGCGAAAUUUCGCCACCAAACUGCGGCGGCAACAGGUUGCGUAGGCAGGCCAGCGGCGGUGCCAGCCCGGCGGACCCCAGCGAAGGAACCCCAGCUACCAUCGAAGUGUACAGCGGCCUUUAUGUCAACGAGGCCAACGAACUCGCCAAAGCCAGCUUGGAGGAGGGUUCCGUCUUCAGCGAGAAGACUCCGGACGACGCCAUCUGCAUAUCUCAACGAAGUUUUGCCAUUGGUAUUUGCAUAGCGGGUCUCAUUUUGAUGCUGUGCGUCAUUGCGGCCAUUGUCUGUCUUUUGGCGAGAAGAAGAUCGAAGAAAAUUCCAUCGAACCCCGGCAGCUCCAUCUACAGCGGUCCCUACACCAACACUGCCUAUAGUCAUAGUAGCUAAAAAAGAAACGAACAGAUCUAAACUGCCAUUUUGGUCCGUAAAAGGUUAUAGAAUAGGUGCCAUUCAAGGCUCAGUGCUCAUAUAGUUAUAACGAAAUCUUCUUUAUUUACAAUGGUGUUCAAGAUGGAAUCUUUAACUGCCAUUUACUUUUUUUUUACUUGCCUUCAACACUCUUUUAUAGACUUUAUAGGAAUACCUCGAGUUCCGCUAAUUGUAAGAUGUAAUGAGCCUGAGGAACUGAAACCUUCCUUGGCUCUGCUAUAGUCGUGAUAAUUUUUAACAGGGGUUGGUGGAGGGACUAUUUAUAUAAACGUUGCGUCAGAUUACAAGUACCGCUCGUGCUUCUAAUCUGAAGACUUAAUAACUUCUGGUCCUGAAUCACAGCAACAUUAUCAUGUUAAAUCUUUGUACAUAUAACAUAAUGCUGCCCUGGUUCUCGAUCUCCUAGCUCUAAAAACGUAAAAAAAAACGAAAUAUUAAUAGAAAGGUGCUUUAAUAAACUUUUAACUAUCUGUAAUUUAACAGUUAAAUAAAUACAAAACAAUAAAA